AUGGACUUCCUGAAGCCACUAGGCCCGCUGAGCUCGGCUGAACAGCCAACCGGCAAGCUUCGAGUGGAAUCAUGCAAGACCGCACUUCUUCUGAGCGUUGCAGGCGAGGAAGCCAUCGAGAUCGUCAACCCGUUCAGCUUUGGCGAAGACGAGAGCAGGAAUGACUACGCCGCUGUCAUUGCGAAGUUCGAUGCAUAUUGUGCGGCGCAGCAGGACGAAGUCCAUGAGCGCUACGUUUACCGCACGCGAUUUGAGGCCACUGUAUCUCGAAACAGUUCUGAGGAAGUCGCAAAGAACUUUCGCCACUUGUUCACAGGAACCGGGUGCAUGGAGCGCGCAGGCAGCAUAACCAAAGUCACCGAGCCCACAGUCUGGAAGGCCAUUGGAGACAUGCCCACGAGAUUGCAGCGGUUUUUCCUGCGCCUUCUUCGCUAUCACGUAAAACUUCAGUUCACACCAGGGAAGCAACUGCUUCUCGCCUACAUGCUGUCACGUGCAACAACCGGACCUAUCCCAGAAAACCACGUCAUCAACGACGAGGCUGAAAUGCCCGUAAUCUACUCCAAUGGAAUCCGGACCAUCACCUGGCGAGGUACUUCAAGAAAGACUACGGACAACGUUGCCCGACGUCCGGCCAUGUCCAGGUCGCAGCAUACAGAAGCAUCGUCAGACCGACCAUUCCAGCCGACAACUACCACCGCUAACUCUCGAGACACGAGUGAUGCGCGCAUACGCCAACCACCGACGGCGCCGAAGCAACCGCAACUGCCGCACGAUGACUUUAAGAUCGUCAUCCGCCCGCGCGGCGGCUUCGAUGCGGCGCGACUGCACACCGUUGUCGUAAGGGACGGCGUGCUCCUUGGGGCCGACUUGACUCAUGAAGCAGCGAGAGACGAUACGCUUAGAAUCAACGCACGACAGAAUACACUAACGAUGAGCACCCCAGUCAAAGACAACGCCAUCAAGUACAGCAAACUUGAAGAAAUACGGAUCGGAAAUCAGACCUAUGUCGCAGCAGCGUAUAUAACGGCGCCGGAGGAUACUUCGAAAGGGGUUAUCCACGGAGUACCUGAGAAUGAAAGCCAAGAAGUCAUCGAGAAGAGCCUGGUCACCGACCGAAACCCUACGAUACUACACGCGAGAAGAAUGGGACGCACAAACUCAAUCGUUAUAGUAUUCGAAGGGACACAUGUCCCCCACUACGUGUACUACCGUGGCGCUGAAUACCGCUGCCUACUGCACAAGAAGAAACACGAAGUGUGCGAACAGUGCGGGCGCAUCGGCCACAGGUUGGACGUGUGCCCCAAUCCAAACAACAAGAAAUGCCGCGGAUGUGGCAUACCGAACCCAACGGAAGAACACCAAUGUACACCAAGCUGCAAAUUAUGCGGCAAGCAACACAUCACGGGAGACAAGAAGUGCACGGAAAUCUUCAGGACUCCAUAUCUACUAAAGAAACGACAGUGGGAGAGAACCCGGCAAGAGCAGCAGAGACUCAGCGCCGAAGACCGGACGAGCCGCUCGAGAGAGCGGCCGAACCCCAACAGCACUGACGCCAGCGGAAACGGCAGAGGCGGCGGCAGCAGCAGGAGCCGCUCCCGCUCCUACCCGAGGCUGCCCCAGGGCGGCGGUGGCGGCGGUAGGCGAUCGAGAUCCCGGACGCCGUCCAGGUCAAGGACUCGUUCCGGGUCGUCAGCGGCAACACCACGGCAGCGGCAGCAGCAGGGACCUGGCCCACAGCAGCAAGACCAAAGCAAGGUGAGCUGGGCAGACAGGGUCUCCCCGCCCGCCCAACAACAACUGGAUAGUGGCAGAUCCACCCUAGAGCAACAAUUAGCUCAAAUUCAGGCAACGCUAGCUCAGGUACUACAGGAGAAUAGAGGCCUUCGAGCUAAAAUAGCACAGCUAGAAGCAGAAAAGACACGAGAUCGGAGCCGUACUCCAUCCGUCAGCGGUAGGGCAGUCACGACCAACCCCACACCUAUGCAGGUAAGCGCUCCGGCACAGGCACCAGCACAGGUGCCGGCACCAGUACCGGCACCGGUACCGGCACCGGCGCCGGCCCCGCCGCAUAAGCGGAAGGCGGAGAACAGCACCAGACUAAGGACGAACCAAUCUCGAGUCUAG